AAGGGAGAAAGAAAAGAAAUGAUUAAAAGUAAAUUCUUCAGAGCCCAUAGCCAGAAAGAAAUAGUAACUGAAUUGAGCCGUUGAACUAAGGUGACUCAGCAUGCACGCACACACAUCAAGCUUCAAGACUCGAGAGUCGGCAACGUGCACGUCGAAACCCAAACACACCGCGAAAUUCCUUUGCCCCUUCUUCAUCAAGUUCUUCCAAUUAUCUAAUAAAUCGAAAUGGGGCAGCCAUCGGCGCCGCCGCCCCCGAUUAUCCAUCCUCCGACGACACCUAUAUCGGCACCGCCUCCACAGCGAUCCCAAUCUACAGGAGGAAACGGCGGGGGUUGCCAGGUGCGUUGCGCGGGGUGCAAGAUGGUGCUGACAGUGGGCCCGGAUUUGACGGAGUUCGCGUGCCCUAGUUGCAAAUUGCCGCAAAUGCUGCCGCCUGAGCUGAUGCAGCCCAACCAGGUCCAGGUCCAGGUCCAGGUCCAUCAACUGCGUAAUGUUCCAGCAUAUGGCAUUGAUCCGACGAAGAUACAGCUGCCUUGCGCGCACUGCAAGGCCUUGCUUAAUGUUCCCCAUGGCUUAUCACGCUUCAAUUGUCCCCAGUGCGGCAUUGAACUGGCAGUCGAUCUGUCAAGAUUUCAACAGUUUUCUUCGGAUCUUCGCCUGCCCCCGCCUCCUGAAGAAGUCAAUGAGGUAGCCGUCGAAGUUGAGCGUGAAGAAGAUGAAGGUGGAAUGGUGGGAGAAACUUUCAUGGAUUACCGUCCUCCCAAACUGUCAAUUGGUCCUCCCCAUCCGGAUCCUAUUGUGGAGACAUCUUCCUUAUCUGCAGUGCAGCCUCCUGAACCUACUUAUGAUCUGAGAACUAAGGAUGACCUGGAAAAUUCAAAAGCACUAUCAUGCUUGCAAAUUGAAACAUUGGUCUAUGCUUGUCAGAGGCAUCUUCACCACCUUCCGAAUGGUGCAAGGGCUGGAUUUUUUCUUGGAGAUGGUGCUGGUGUGGGUAAAGGACGAACUAUUGCAGGCUUAAUAUGGGAGAACUGGCACCAAGGGAGAAGGAAAGCAUUGUGGAUUUCCAUUGGUUCAGACUUGAAAUUUGAUUCUAGGAGAGACUUGGAUGACGUGGGUGCAAUGUGUAUAGAAGUGCAUGCUUUGAACAAGCUUCCUUAUUCUAAGCUUGACUCAAAGUCCGUUGGCAUUAGGGAAGGAGUUGUUUUCUUGACGUAUAGCAGCCUCAUUGCAUCUUCUGAAAAGGGUCGUUCUCGUUUGCAGCAGCUUGUACAAUGGUGUGGACCUCAGUAUGAUGGUCUAAUCAUAUUUGAUGAGUGUCACAAAGCCAAAAAUUUGGUCCCAGAAGCUGGAGGACAAUCUACAAGAACAGGAGAAGCUGUUCUCGAGAUUCAGGCCCGACUUCCUGAAGCUCGUGUUAUUUAUUGCUCGGCUACUGGUGCUUCUGAACCACGCAAUAUGGGUUACAUGGUUCGCCUUGGUCUUUGGGGAGUUGGAACAUCUUUUAUCAACUUCCGUGAAUUUUUAGGUGCAAUGGAGAAAGGAGGCGUUGGAGCUCUAGAACUUGUUGCCAUGGACAUGAAAGCAAGGGGUAUGUAUGUUUGUCGUACGCUGAGCUACGAAGGUGUAGAAUUCGAAGUUGUUGAAGUUCCCUUGAAUUCCAGUAUGACGGAUAUGUAUAGAAAAGCAGCAGAAUUUUGGGCCAAGUUGAGAAUGGAAUUACUAUCAGCAAGCACAUUCCUCACCAAUGACAAGCCGAGCUCAAGUCAAUUGUGGAGAUUAUUUUGGGCAAAUCAUCAGCGUUUCUUUAGACACAUGUGCAUGUCAGCCAAGGUGCCUGCAGUCGUAAAUCUUUCUAAGCAAGCAUUGAUGGAAAAUAAGUGUGUGGUCAUAGGCCUACAGAGUACUGGAGAAGCACGGACUGAGGAAGCUGUGUCAAAAUAUGGUCUUGAACUUGAUGAUUUCGUCUCGGGACCUCGUGAAUUGUUGCUGAAAUUUGUUGAAGAAAAUUAUCCUCUGCCCGAGAAGCCUGAACCACUCCCAGAGGAAAGUGAGAAAGAGCUACCAAAAAAGAGACGCUCAGCAAAGCCUGAUGUUUCCUUCACUGGGAGAGUAAGGAAAGUUGCUAAAUGGCAAGCUGAAAGUGAUGAAGAAAGCGAGUGGGGAUCAGAAACCGACACUGAACCAGAAUCUGUUGGAUCUGACGAUGAGUUUCAGAUAUGCAACAUCUGCAACUCAGAAGAGGAAAGAAAGAAAUUACUACAAUGUUCUUGCUGUGGCCAGCUUGUCCAUCCUGCAUGUCUAGUUCCACCUGUUGUUGAAGCAGCACCUGAGGAUUGGUCUUGUCACUUGUGCAAGGAAAAAACGGAGGAAUAUCUCCAAGAGAGACGUGCCUAUGUUGCAGAACUGUUUAAGAGGUAUGAAGUAGCAGUGGAGCGUCAAUCAAAUAUUUUAGAAAUAAUUCGUUCAAUGGAUCUUCCAAACAAUCCAUUGGAUGAUAUUAUUGAUCAGCUUGGAGGCCCUGAUAAAGUCUCAGAAAUAACAGGGAGGCGAGGCAUGCUUGUCAGAGCUUCUGGUGGAAAAGGAGUCACCUAUCAGGCACGAAACACGAAAGACGUGACCAUGGAAAUGGUCAAUAUGCAUGAAAAGCAACUCUUCAUGGAUGGUAAGAAGCUGGUAGCUAUUAUUUCCGAAGCUGGAUCAGCUGGUGUUUCAUUGCAAGCAGAUAGAAGGGCCAUAAAUCAGAAAAGAAGAGUUCAUUUAACUCUAGAACUACCUUGGAGUGCAGACCGAGCAAUUCAACAAUUUGGAAGAACACAUCGAUCUAAUCAAGCUUCCGCACCUGAAUACAGGUAGAGAUAAGUUUUACAAUUCUGAUUUGAUUAAUGGGUGUGUCACAAACAGAUGUAUUUCAAUCAGUACCACUAUAAGCUUAACCUUUGCGCACAUGCCCUACCUGAAAAUGUUUUUCUUUUGGUACAGAAAUAUAAAAAUGAUAUUUUUGUUCAUAUGUAAACAAUUGAAUACAAAGAGGAAUUUAAAGAGCGUGCAUAUUGCACUAUUCUAGGAAAAAACUA